AUGAUUGCCUUGCCCUUAGUGCCUUAUACAAUUCUGAAGUUAUUCCGUGCUGCCUCAAAGAAAACAAAAUGCAUCAACUGCGAGUGUUCUGAUUGCUCUAAAUCAGGGAAAUACCGUAAAUCAGUUUUCAAACGGAUUAUGAGCGUCUCAACAUGUGGAAACUUGACUCUUGUGCUGCUAUGGGUUAUCAUGGCUAUUCUUGUUUAUUACAUAAAGCACAUGAAUAGUGAGAUUCAAGUUUUUGAGCCGUUUAACAUCCUUGGAUUAGAACCCGGAGCUUCAGAUUCCGAAAUUAAGAAGGCAUACAGGAGACUUUCUAUCCAAUACCAUCCUGAUAAGAAUCCGGACCCAGCUGCUCAUAAGUACUUUGUGGAGUCAAUAUCCAAAGCUUACCAGGCUCUGACAGAUCCAAUUUCCCGUGAGAAUUAUGAAAAGUAUGGCCAUCCCGAUGGUAGACAGGGGUUCCAAAUGGGAAUUGCUCUGCCACAGUUUCUUCUUAAUAUUGAUGGCGCAUCUAGUGGGAUAUUGUUAAUUUGGAUUGUUGGGGUCUGCAUACUGUUGCCACUUGUGGUGGCUGUCGUAUAUCUUUCAAGAUCUUCAAAAUAUACUGGAAAUUAUGUCAAGAAUGACACACUGGGUGCCUAUUUCCAUUUAAUGAAACCUUCCUUGGCCCCAAGCAAAGUUAUGGAAGUCUUCAUUAAGGCUGCUGAAUUUGUGGAGAUUCCCGUUAGGAGAUCUGAUGAUGAACCCCUACAAAAACUUUUUAUGGCAGUGAGAAGUGAGUUGAACCUGGACCUUAAAAAUAUUAAAAAGGAGCAGGCAAAGUUUUGGAAGCAGCAUCCUGCACUUGUUAAGACAGAAUUGUUGAUCCAAGCGCAUUUAACUCAUGAAACAACAAAUUUAUCCCCGGAUUUGGAGCGUGACUGCAAGCGUGUGCUGGAACUCGCUCCUCGCCUUCUUGAAGAGCUAAUUAAGAUGGCACUUAUUCCAAGGACUAAUAAGGGGCAUGGCUGGCUUAGGCCUGCUAUAGGAGUUGUUGAACUUUCACAGAGCAUUGUUCAGGCUGUUCCUCUCAGUGCGAGGAAGGCUGAGGGCAUUGCUCCAUUUUUGCAGCUUCCACAUUUUAAUGAUGAUAUUGUCAAAAAGAUAACCCGCAAGAAGGUACGGACAUUUCAUGAACUUCAGGAAAUGACUAUUGAAGAACGUGCUGAAUUAUUUUCUAAAGUAGCGAACUUCUCUGCUGCUGAAGUGCAAGACGUGGAGAAUGUACUGAAACUCAUUCCUUCUAUGACAGUUGAAGUUACUUGCGGGACUGAAGGUGAGGAAGCCAUACAAGAGGGUGACGUCGUUACAGUUCAGGCUUGGGUGACACUGAAACGUGCUAAUGCUUUAAUUGGUGCCCUACCUCACGCCCCCAAUUAUCCAUUCCACAAGGAAGAAAAUUUUUGGUGUUUACUAGCAGACACCAAUUCGAAUAGUGUGUGGUUCUCCCAGAAGAUCAGUUUUAUGGAUGAAGCUGCCGCAGUAAGUGCUGCUUCAACAGCAAUUGAGGAGAGAAUGGAAGUGCUCGGAGCCAGUCCAAAGGAAACCAGCGCUGCUAUAAGAGAAGCAGUUGAGAAAGUCAAAAAUGGGUGUCGACUUGCAAUGGGGAAAUUCCUGGCUCCAGCCGAAGGAAAUUAUAACUUGACUUGCUAUUUGUUAUGCGAUUCUUGGAUUGGUUGUGACAAGAAAUCGAGCUUAAAACUGAAAGUUUUGAAGAGGACUCGUGCUGGUAUUCGCGGAGGUCAGGUUACCGAUGGAGGAUCGAUUCUCGAGGAUGGAAUUGAUGACGAAGAGGAGAUUGAAGAAGAGGAAGAAGAGGAUAUUGACAGUGAGUACAGUGAAGACGAAGAUAAUCAGGAUACAAAUAAAAUGGGACGUGCCAAUGGCAAAGUUCGUGAAAAGAGCGGUUCGGAAAGUUCCGGCUCAGAAGAGGAGUGA